AUGGAGUGUGAUGUUGACAAGAAAUUGAACGAUGAAAAUGCAAGUAAUAAAACUGCAAUUAAUCCGGAAAAUGUUUCAUCGAAGAAUAGUAGUGAUGGAAAACGAAAGCGUAAGCGACCACGAACCAAAGCUCUUCGACGGACAAUUAGAGAAAAGAUUGAAAUAGCAUUAUGUACGAGUGAUUCGCCAAUUCAGGAUAUUCUAGAAACAGAUAUGGACUGUAUAGUAAGUGCACCGCUGUCAUCGAUAAUUAAAUUACUGAAGUUAGAUACGGAUGAAUAUCAAAAACUAAGUUGCAAAGCGCUUAUUAGUAUUGGGAAUUUCUCAAAAUUUUUUUCAAUUACUGGUGAUUCAACGGAUACUCUUCAACUUGUGCUCAAAAGCAAUGGUUUAGAUCACAGUUCUACCGUUGUUUAUGUUGACAAUUUGCCUCAUGGCUGUAAAGUGGAUUUACUGGAAAAAUGGGCAUCAGCAUUUGGGACUGUUGUAUUUGUGCAUCCAAUAAUGAAAAGAAAAAUAAAUCCGAACAAAGGUUCCUUGGCCAGUAAUUUAUUCACAUCAGCUGAAGUAUCUGCAUCUACUGCAUGUACCGACGGAUUUUUUCAAAGUGCUUUCAUCAAAUUUUUGGAUGAACAAUCUCCAGUGGAUUUUGUGAAAUUUCAUCAAUUGUUGCGGAAGAAAGCUGGUAGUAGACGACGCAAAAAGCUGAAGUUAGAGAGGAAAAAAACAAUGGGAAGGAAUUCCGUUUCAAAGAUUAGGAAGAAGAAUAAGAUGCGAAAGAAGCAGCCAAAAAAGAAACCGAGAAAAAAGGUCGAUAACAGUGCUAAAAGUCAGACACGAAAGGUCAAAAAUGGAGAAGAGACAGUAGAAACCGGAGCAACCCAUGCUGAAAAACCAGCAAUGGGUGUGGAUAAUUCUAGCGUUGUUGUAAGAGGUGAAGAUGGAAAUUGCAGUAGGCGGAAGAAACGAAAAAGGCGAUCAAGCUAUGGAGUGGAUGAUAUAUUAGUUAAAAAACCCAAAGCGAUUAUUGAUGAAAUUACUGAUGAACCAUCGGAAAAAACGUUCAAAGAUGUUGGAACCGAUGUUCCUGAAGAGUUUUUAUUGAGCGAAGUUGGUGCUGCUGCAAAAAAACGGAAACGUGUACAUCGGCAAAAACGACGCAGUGAUAAGUCAAAAAAUCGCAACCUACGUCCGAAGAAAUAUUUUCAUAAUAUACAAGCAUGUUCAUUGAACACAUUCCAGAAACUUCGUGCAAGAUAUCUGGAGUUGCAGAAACAACAAAUGAUUCAACUGAAAGCCAAUUUGAAAAGAAAAGGCAUACCAAGUAAAGUAUCAGGUUUGAGCAGAAAGGAAUGGAAAAGGAAACGUGGACGUUGUCGACUUAUGAUGCGCGCUGCAAAAUUGCGUGAAAAAUGUGCAGAUCUCUCUCAUUGCAUCCCCAAGGAGGAUAAGCUUGCAGUUGUCCAAAGUUAA